AUGAAUCCAUAUAUUUUAGCUAUUUUACUAUUCAGUCUCGGACUAGGGACCACAAUCACACUCACAAGCUCCCACUGGCUUUUUGCCUGAAUAGGCUUAGAAAUUAAUACCCUAGCUAUCCUUCCCCUUAUAGCCCAACAACAUCACCCCCGAGCAGUUGAAGCUACCAUAAAAUACUUCCUCACCCAAGCAACAGGAGCAGCUACCCUUCUAUUUGCCAGCACCACCAAUGCAUGACUAACAGGCCAAUGAGACAUCCUACAAAUAUCCCACCCUCUUGCAACCACUAUAGCCAUUCUUGCCCUCUCCCUAAAAAUUGGCCUUGCCCCCCUACAUACAUGGCUACCUGAAGUACUACAAGGGUUAGACUUAACUACAGGACUUAUCUUGUCAACCUGACAGAAAUUAGCACCCUUCGCCCUACUUCUCCAAAUUCAACCCACCAACCCCUCAAUCCUAGUAAUACUUGGUGUUACCUCAACUCUUGUUGGUGGUUGAGGAGGGCUUAAUCAAACACAACUCCGAAAAAUUCUAGCAUACUCCUCCACAGCCCACCUAGGCUGAAUGAUUCUAAUUCUCCAAUACUCACCCUCCUUAGCCCUCCUAACCCUAAUUACCUACCUAAUCAUAACAUCCUCAACAUUCCUUGUAUUCAAACUAAACAAAUCAACAAACAUUAAUAUACUCGCCACCUCCUGAGCAAAAGCCCCCGCACUAACAACCCUCACCCCCCUUGUCCUGCUCUCACUAGGAGGCCUCCCACCACUAACAGGUUUUAUGCCAAAAUGACUUAUCCUCCAAGAACUUACCAAACAAGAACUAGCACCCAUCGCUACACUAACCGCACUAACCGCCCUUCUAAGCUUAUACUUUUACCUACGGCUAACAUACGCCAUAACACUCACCAUGUCCCCUAACAACGUAACAGGCACAACCCCAUGACGCCUUCCAUCCCUACAACUGACACUCCCACUUGCCAUCCUAACCACGGCAACAAUCUCGCUACUCCCACUUACCCCUACUAUCUCAGCACUACUAAUUCCAU